CCCCGGGCUCUCUGUCCGUCUCUCUUGCGUAAGAGGUGGGAGUGAGGCCUCGGGUAGCGCGGCGGUGCUCGGAUCUUGGACCGGCCCACACGCUCCUGCUCGGCAGGUGCGCCCGAGUCCUCUCCUUCUUCCUCGCUCUCCCAGUUGCUAUGCUCGCUCUCUGCAGACGACUCGGAGAAAUAGUCCGAGACGUAGUCGCUAAUGAGGCCAAGAUUGCGGGCUCGCUGCCCUCCCCAAGCCAUGAUCGAUACCUACCACAACAAGGGGUAAACCCCUGACAACUUUAAACCGCAACUUCUCCAAUUAGUGCCCAGGUGUCGACAAGGAGGGAGGAUAAAGCAUGCCUUCUCCCCGCAGUCGCUCAGUUACCAGCUACGGUCAGGGAAACGCUGACGAGUGGGGGUCUUGGUGGUUCGUGUCUCCAUUCAUGGCGCUCACAGCGUUGCUCUGGCGGCUCUGGAAAUGGCUAUCUCGUCUCUUCACCGGCAAAUCCGAGGUGCAGCGUUUGGCCGAAGCCAAGGAGGCUCUAGAGACUAGGACACUUAAAAUAGAAAACAGCAUAAAAAACUCCAGAAACAAGAUUGUUAGAUCCAUAGCCUCUGACAGCUCCGUGAGCGUUGAACAAGCCGUGGAGAUUCUGGUGAAAGAGAAGGGACUCAAGGGAGAACCCAGUGUGAUGGAGAGUCUGCGGUUGAGCUUGGUGCGGAUCCACUCGCUCACUUUGCUCUGGGAGGAGCUAGACUCACUGGCUCUGCAACCUUUCUCGCCAGAGAGCCAGGAACAUGAGAGAACGCUGCAGGAACUCUGGGACCAUCUGAUGCCCGGUUCACAGCUGGAGGCGAGACACACCAAACAGUGGCAGGACAUUGGGUUCCAGGGAAAAGACCCGGCGAUGCUCCGACUCUUCAGGAGGAAUGGGAUAGUGUUGGGGCGGUACUGUCUCAAGUACACAACCUUUAUCUACGCAAUUACUCUACCUUACGCUCUCUCUUUCCAUACC